AUGUCCAACAUCAAGAACGUCGUCAUCAUUGGUGCUUCUGGAAAUCUAGGUCCAACAGUGCUAAAUCAGUUCGUCAACUCGCCCUUUAAUGUCACCGUCUUCAGCCGGAAAGAAUCCAAUGCCGUCUUCCCAGAGUCGGUUAAAGUUAUCAAGACCGACUUCAGCAGCGAAUCGCUGUCCCAGAAUCUCGCAGGCCAAGACGCCGUCAUUUGCACCCUUGGCGGCGUCGAAGGUUUCCGAGACCAGGCUCGAAUCAUUGAUGCCGCUAUCGCAGCAGGUGUGAAACGUUUUAUACCUAGCGAAUUCGGAAGUGAUACCACCAGUCCCGAAGUUUUGAACAUCGUCCCGGCUUUCGGGCCAAAGGUGGAGACCAUUGACUAUCUGAAGAGUAAAGAAAGCGAAGCGUUUAGUUGGACGAGUGUAAUCCCUGGCCUAUUUUUCGACUGGGGCAGCAAGUUUGGCUCAAUAGGGUUUGACUUUCAGAAUCGCAAGGCAGCGAUCUGGGACGGCGGCGACGUCGCCUUUUCUGCUACCAACACUAGCACAGUCGGGCUUGCGCUCGUGAGAAGUCUUUCGGCUCCAAAUCUCGAAGCUACUAGGAACCGGCACGUCUUUCUGGCCUCUCACACUGUCACCCAAAACGAAAUGGUUACGGCGCUGGAGAAGCUCACCGGACAGUCUUGGGAAAUUUCAAAUGUGGACUCCGCACUUGUUAUCGAGGGAAAGAGCAAAGAGUUCCGUGAUGGUAACAGCAAGGCUGCUUUUCCGCUCAUUCAAUCUAGCAUCUUUGGCAAACCUGGAUUCUGUAAUUUCACUGGCAAGACCUGGAAUGAGAAACUGGGGCUGCCUAAAGAAGACUUUGAGGCCGAUCUAAAGGACAUCUUGGAAGGUAGAAAACCGGAACCAUUUGGUCGACAAGUUGGUCGUUAUCCUGAUUGGUCUGAUCCUGGCUCUAAAUAG